AUGCCUAAGUUAGGUAGGGUAUUUCAAGGAAAACCGGGUGGCUGGAGCCAUGUGUGGUGGCCGGAGCCUUGUGUAAGAGAGAGAAAGAAAGUGGUGGCCAGGCUUGAAGAAGUUGACCUCCUUAGUUGCCUUGCCCGUGAGGCAGAUUGGUGGAUUGAGCUUGCGAAGAUUCCUCCACGAGUUGUCGCUGUGAGUUGGUUCUCAAGCGGGUUAGUGAGUGUCAAUCAUUGCGUUCGUCACGCAAUCGUUCACGGACUCGUGCCCCCUGUGAGGCCAGUCUUGAAUGGAUCAUCGAUUGGCUCAGAGUACGACUUGCAGAUGUAUGCGUCUCGUCAGCACGAUCUCGUUCUCUCCCUUGCCAGUUUGUCUCUGACUGACUAG